AUGAGUAAUUUGAAUGAUUCAAAGAUUAAUAUUGGGAAUUCACAAAAACGUCAAAAUAGUUUAUCAAAUACUUUAAUUAAUAAUAAAAGAUAUAAUCCAAUUAAUCCAGAAUCGGAAUAUUCUCGAAACAGUUUAAUUGGUCAACAUUUACCUUCAUCAUCAUUGCAUAGUGGCAAUUCAAAUUCAAUAAAUUUGAAUAACUCAAUUAAUAAAAUUAGUCAUAAUACUUCACCUAAUUCAAUUUCUAAUCAUUUAGGUAAUAGUAAUCUUUCAAAGAAUUCUAGAUUUCAAAAUAAUCAAUAUUCAACUUCAAUGAUGGAUAAUCCAUCAUCAAAUCAUCCCCAAUCUCAUCAACAGAUUGCGCAAUAUAAUAAUCUGAAUCUCAAUCGGAAAGGUUAUAAUCAAUCAACAACGGUUUUUGAUAAAACUCCAACACCAUCAUCUUAUGAAGUACCAUCUAGUCCUAACAAUAAUCCUAUAAUGACAUCUAUUCAGAAUGUAUCAGAUCUGCCAGAUUCAAAUACUGAACAAUCCCAAUCAAUAUCACAAAAUCCAUCUCAACAUCCAACAUCUUCAAGAUUAUCAUCAGAAAUUAAAGAUUCAAGUAUAAAUACUGAACAAUCAGUUAGUUCCAAAUCAACUCAACCAAGAGAAAUGACCGAAGAAGAACAACAAUUAGCUACCAAAUUAAAAGAAACUUAUAAAAAUAUCGUUAAUUAUGAAGAAAUAGUUCAAAAAAAUUGUUUAGAUAUUACCAUUAAAACUAAUCAAAUAACAAAUAAUGCUCAAAUUAAUAAUUUCAAUAAUAAUUUAUCACCCAAUUUAAAUCCUCAAAAUUCUACCAUAUUAAAUAAUGCCAAAAUAUCCGAGUUACUGAAUGAAUUAUGGACAGUUUAUCAUCAUAAUAUUACUUUAUUAGACAAUUAUACUGAUUUUUUAGUUACCGCAUUAAAACCUUCAUCAAAUAAAACUAAAGAUCAUUUCAAAACUGGUAAAAAUAUCGUUGAUUUAUAUAAAAUCCCUCGUAGAAUGUGGGUUUAUGGAGUUGUUGCAUUUUUAGAAGUUUUAAAGAAUAUUAUAAAUAUUUUCCAAGAUCAUGAAAUUUGUUCAUGUUUUAUUGGUCAUUGUUUUACUAUAAUUUCUAAUUUAACUGAUCCAAUAUUAGAUAUGCAAGGUUGGUGGUCAGAGAAAUUAGGUGAUUUAUCAAGAAUGGCAAUUGCAUUAUAUAGUUCAAGAUUUAUUGAUUGGAAAGUUAGUGCAGAACAUUGGUAUUCAAUCUCAAUGAGAACUUUAUAUGGUCAUGGGAAAAUUUAUUAUCAUAUGUGUACAGUUCAACAAGAUAAUUUGGAUGCUUUAGUUAAUAUUGGGAAAUCAGUUAUUUGUAGAGAUCCUUUUGUACCAACUCAACAAUAUUUAAGAUUAGUUGUUGAAAAUAUUUGUACUCAAAGAAACAUUUUAUCCCUUUUAGAAUUACCAAUAAUUGAUUUUAUUAAGAUUCAUAAAGUUUUAUUAAGUAUUAAUUCCAAUCAAUUAAAUGAUCAAUUACAAUAUGGUAUUGAUUUGGUUUCAAGAUAUGGGAUAACUUUUGGUUCAGAUUCUAAUGGAUAUAAUUUCUUUACCAGAGAAUUAUAUACUCCUAAUGGAAUUACUAAUACUAAUGAUCCUCAUACCCCAUUUUAUUUAUCACAUCAACAAAAUGGUGUUAAUUCCAUUGAAAAAUUGAAUUUUUGGCUCAAUAAAGGUCCAUUAUUUGCAAUUUCAAAUAUCAAUCAUAUAAUUGGUUUAGGAGAUGCAAAGAAUCCUUUUGGUAAGUUAUUUUUAUUACCGGAAGCUUUAAAAGAACGUAAAGAUAAGAAAGAUCGUAAAAGGAAAUCCAAAUCUUCAAUUACUGAAGAUUUACCAAAUUUAUCACCAUCGAAUUCAUUGAACGGUCAAACUGUUUUAGCAUCGGAAUUAUCAACCGAAAAUUGGUUUUAUUGUUUACAAUUCUUAAAUAAAUCCGUGUUGGAAUUAUCAAUAAGGAUCUUAAAACAUUAUUUGGUAGGUCCAAUUGAAGCUUCAUAUGGUCAUGUGAUUAUUUGGUUAUAUUUUUUAAUUUCAAUUGGUGAAGCAACCAAUAAAAAUCCGAAAUCUAAGAAAAUGAUGUAUUGGUUAUUCCAAAAAAUCUUCCCUUGGGAAUCAAUGAUCAAUUAUUUGAAUACUAUUUUAGAAAUCAUCAAGAGUAACAGUCAAUUAAACAAUAAAUGUUAUGAAAUUUUAAACAAUUAUUCAAAUUAUAUUCAAUUUUUCAAUGAAAAUGAAACCUUGUCUGAAGUUUGGAGAUGUUGGGGUACUUUAUGGUUUGAUUUCAUUUCUUUGAAAACUGAUUAUAGUGAUUUUGAAACCGCUGGAAUAGUGGAUUAUAAUAUUUUCGAUUUACCUGUCAGUGGGAUUAAUUCUAACUUUAAAAAUGAUAUCAAACAAUCUUUCGAUGAAAAUAACCAUCGAUUAAUCAGAAUUAUCUUAUUAGCAAGGUUCAUUGCUGAUAAUUAUGAAUUCGGAUUAUUAAGAAAUUUUGAUGGUUUCAAAUUUAAUCAAAAUUUUAUCAAUAACUUAAAUGAUGAUCCUGUUUCCAGUGAUAUCAACCUACAAAUUGAAGAUUUCCUUUAUGGAGAUAACAGAUUUAUUAGCCAUAAUUUCUUUGAAAAUAUUAAUUGGGAUAAUUUAAUCAAUCCUGAAAUAACAAAUUCCUUAGAUAAAUUCAAUAUUGAUAAAAAUUGGUUUAAAGAAUCAACCGAUUUCCUGAUCAUUGGUAACGACGAUAUCAUCAAAAACGAUAAUUUCAAUCAACAAAUCAACGAUACCAACUUAGAUAAGGAUUCAAUUGAAUUUUACCAAUCAAUGGUCAAUUCCGAGAAUUUAUCUUUAAUGAAUGAUAAUGACUUAAUCACUGGAGAUUUAGGUGAUAAUAUGGAUAGUAAAUUAACUUACAUUACAUUAGAUACUAACAUUUGGUUAAAACAUUGUGGUAGAAUAUUUAAAUGUAUUCGUAAUAAAGUAUUUAAAAUUUCAAUCCCAUUAAUAGUAUUCCAAGAAUUAAGAUCUUUAAGAAAAUCUGCUGAAGCAACAAUUGCUGAUGCUGCAACUAGAUCAGUUAUAAUCAUAAGAGAAUUAUAUAGUGCCAAAGAAAUCUUACCUUUAAGAUUUGAUGGUACAAUUGCAUCCGAUAUCAAUGAAACUACAGAAUUUGAAAAUAAUUCAAAUUGGAGAGCUGGAGUUGAUGAAACUAUUUUAAAUUCCGUAAAUUUACAAAAUGAAUUAAGUAAAAAUAUCUUAAGAGGUUUAAAUUCAACAAUCGAUAAUCUUGUUUUAGAUAGUAAAUUAUCUAAAAGUUUCCGUUAUUGUAUUUUAAUUACUGAUGAUAGAAAUAUGAGAUUAAGAGCUAAAACUAUGGGAGUUACAAGUUUCCAAAGUAAAUGGCUCUUUACUCAAUUAGAGGGUACCUUUUACGAUAAAUGUAUUGAUUAG